AUGCCCACAGCCCAAGUAAAACGAAGCUCCCUUGGGAGACCCCGAAAAUCGGCUGAAGAUGCGAAAUCUAUACGACGCGCCCAGGUCCGCGAAGCACAACAGGCGUACAGAUCUCGCCAACAAUCCCAGCUCUCUUCAUCACAAGCUCGCGUAGAGCAGCUGGAGGAUGUACUUAGUCAACUGAGCCAGACAGUGCAAGAAUUCGAUAACAAAGUGAUCCGGGGUGGGUCGCAGUGGUCUCAGGCCCAACUUUUCCGGACAGUCCAGUUGCUUCGUGAUGAUAUAGUGUCCCAAUUGAAGCGGGCUGAUAUUAACUAUCCAGAGUUCCCAGUGAACAACACUUCAGAACCAUCCCAAGUUGUCAAUGAGCAACCCUACGCGCAGGUCGCGUCCGAGGUCUCAACUGGCAGAUUAAAAGAGCAAACUGAGGGGUCUGACUUCUGGAACCUGUUUUUGGGCUCAUCUGGUGGCAUAAUUCCAUCGAAUAAUACCAAGAGUCUGGAUAAUCAAUCGAAUGAAUUGUUUCCCAUUCCCCUGACGCCGUUUAUUGCUGAAACUCACACCAUCCAAUAUGCAACUACACCCUUCACCCAACGGCUUUUUCGCGCUUGCGCUGAAAGUGGUCAUCGGUUUCUAUCGAAUCCCUCAUAUAAAGAUGAAGAUAUGUGGGAGUUUGGACUACUUCUGCAAAGAAUGCCACGAGCAGAGGUCCGAGAUUAUUUUGGACGCGUCGUCAACAUGGAACCAUGCAAUCCCAUCGUCGAUGCUCGAUUCCCAUAUAUCAGUGUCGGUGGCGCAGGCACACACUUUUUACCACCCUCCAGUGACACUUUUUCAGAUAACUUCGCCCUCUUUCGAACAACAAACGGCGUGUCUAAUGUCUUUGCUGAUGAAGACUGGUUCGAUGUGCAUGACGUUGAGAGAUACCUGUUCAACCAAGGCAUUCGUGUAGGCGAGUUUUCUUCGUCCACCCUUGCGAUAUCUUAUCCAUCUAGCCCGGGCGCUGGGCCUUCGAACUUGGAGAUCCCCCAAGGCGUAAUGCCCGGCGGUAUGAUGAUGGUCAUCGACGAGUAUAAACUGGUCAAUAGACUGAGCCAGCUUCCGUCUGCUCUGGGCUGUGUGGCUGGCUUCCGCCGGUCUGAUGUCGAGAGGGUAGUAUCUCACAAUGUGAGGUGGAUCUUAGUUUGA